AUGGCCCCUUCACUCCUUGCCAUUGGCACAGCUGCUCUGGCCUUGGCUGGUGACGCUGCUGCCAAGCAGUUUGUGCUCGACGACACCUACGACUCGACAAAUUUCUUUGACAAGUUCGACUUCUUCGAGAGCAGAUACGGAACCGGAGACUACAACGAUGUUGAUCUCACCUCGGGUUACAUCAACUACCGGACCAGAGCUGAUGCUCAGAAGCUGGGCCUCAUCAGCAACGCCGGUGGUGAGGUCUACCUAGGCCCUGAUGCCCACAAUGUCACCGAGUUUCCCGGCGUUGGCCGUUCCAGUGUGAGGCUCGAGAGCAAGGCCAUUUACAACAAGUCACUCAUGGUUGCUCGCUUCUCUCACCUGCCCAAGCCUGUCUGCGGUGCUUGGUCUGCUUUCUGGUCUUACGGUGCCCCGUGGCCCAAGAAGGGUGAGCUUGACUGGUUUGAGGGCUGGAACAACGCGGCUGCCAACAAGCCCGCUGCCCACACCUACCACUCGUCCGAGCAGGGCCAGUGUAUCAUCACCGAGGCUGGCCAGACCUCCAAGGUCAACACACCCAACUGUGACCAGUGGGCUCCGGGUCAAUAUCAGAACGAGGGUUGUACUACAACUGCCACCUCUGCCGAUCCCUGGGGCUCUUCUGAUGGUGGUAUCUACGCUGUCGAGUGGACCGACGACUACAUCAAGUUCUUCUCCUGGACUCACGGUGCUGCCCCCAAGGACGUCGGCUCCGACUCCCCGGACACCUCCUCCUGGGGAACCCCCUCCAUGCUGAUCUCUAACGACAAGUGCAACAUCAACAGCCACUUCUCGGACCAGAGGCUCGUGAUAAACAUCGAUUUCUGUGGUGUUCUCGCUGGCAACGAGUACAUCUGGAAGGACCAAUGUGCAGCGUCUACCGGGCACGCCGUCUGCUCUACUUAUGUUGCGCAGAACCCUUCAGCCUACAAGGAUACCUACUUCAAGAUCAAGGAUAUUCGCAUUUUUAAGGAAGGUACCAAGCCUGUGAUAUCGACUUCAACCUCGUCUUCGGCCACUUCCUCGGCCACUUCCUCGGCGUCCGUGUCUGCCAGCACCAACCACUCCACUUCCGUGACCGACUCUGCGUCAGCAUCGGCAUCAGCAUCGGCAUCAGCAUCGGCAUCGGCAUCUGCCUCUGCCUCUGCCUCUGCCUCUGCCUCUGCCUCUGCCUCUGCCUCUGCCUCCGUGUCGCCCUCAGCAUCUGCAUCUGCAAGUACCAGCCAUCCUGCCUCCGCGAGUAGGUCUUACUCGGAGACGAGCACGGCCAAGGUCACCGACAAGUCCGCAAGCGUCUCUGACUCUCAGGCUGCUACGGGCACUGCCUCUGCCUCUGCUUCCGCCUCUGUUACCGGCACCAUCACCGCGAGCGCCAGUUUCACCGAAUCCUCGUCUGCCAGUGGCUCGAGCUCCAUCUCCGUUAAGUCCAACAGCAUGACUGACGAGGACGUCUGCACCGAGGACGACGACGACGUCAUUACCAAGACUCCCAUCACCACCAAGGACGCCAUCAUCACCAAGAGCGCCGUCGCCACCGGAAGCGACAUCACCGGCAAGCAGACUCAACUUGUCUCCUCGACGGCCCCUGUCCAGCUGACCACCUCGACCGUCUACACCACCAAGGUUUCAACGAUCACAGCUUGCCCCCCCGCCGUUACAGACUGCCCCGACCGUAUUGGCAAGGUCACUACGCAGACCAUUGCUCUUUACACUACCGUAUGCCCCGUUUCGUCGGUCCCUGCUCCCAAGCCCACGGAAUCGGUCAAGGAUAACAACAAACCCCAUCCCGGUCCUGACGUUUCAACCACCACCUUUACUACCGUAUACACCAUCACGAAGUGCCCGUCUUCCGUCCCGAACUGCCCUAUCGGGAGCGUCACCACCAAGAUUCUCACGACGUCGAUCCCCGCCGCCGGCCCUUCCGUGCCCAUCGUCACCAAGCUCGUCGUUCCCUCUGGCCCUGACUCCGUACCCGGCGUGACCAAGACACUCUCCCUGGUCUCUUCCUCCGGUAUCCCACUGAAGCCCAGCGCUCCCGGUGGCAAGCCUCCUGGCUACAACUCCACCAUCUCGGUAGCCAAGCCCUCCACCCUGAACCCCUCUAAGCCCUCAGGCACCGCCCCUGGCGCUUCCACCACCGGCUGCUCUGGCGCCAGCUGCCCAACCAAGCCGGUCAUUGUUGUCAACGCCGCCGUCCAGGCCGGCGCCAGCUUUGUACUCAUGGCUCUUGGCGCGUUCGCCGUCUUUGCAUUGUAG